GGAGAAACGACCUCGCAGUCUUCUUCUACGAAGGGCACUAAACGGAGAACAGGAAAUAGGAAAACAUGGAAAACAACGAUCACGCUUACACGAGCACCACUUAUGAUAAAGUCAGCCCCGUGGAGUUCACAUAUAAAAUGAGGGCAAAAGAAAUCGAAGACCUUGUGAAGAUGAGGAUUUCAAAUAAUCACCUUUUUUCUGGAAGGAGAAAUACUUCGAUGUGGGCAUGGAGGGCCAUCCUAAAACACAUGGGCUUGCACCACAAGAUGACUCAUAGUCAAGCAUCCAAAAAAUGGGAAAACUUGAAGAAGAGAUACAAGGGACUAAAGAACCCUUCCGAUGGAGUGAAAGUGUUCCCUAAAGCGUGGCCUUAUUUCAAUCUGCUGGACGAUGCCAUGGAGGGUCGGCUGGAAAGCAACGCCCCCGUCAUCCAGGCCUUACCCACCAACGGCAGUUUCCCACCCAUCUCCAAACCCAAGAAGAGGAAGGUGUCCAUGGUGACAAACUCCCCUACGGCUUCGAUAGCAGGCGCACCCGAGAUCGAGGUUUCCCUGAACGGAGACGAGGAUGAGGAGGUGGUGCAGGAGGAAAUCCAGGAAAUGGGUUGCAUCAUGCAAGAGAUGGAGCACAAGAGGGACGUGAUGGACAGUGAAAAACAGGUGAUGGAGAGGGAGCGGUUGGUAAUGCAGAGGGAGAGAGCGGUGCUGGAUAGGGAGGUCGCCGCUCUGGACCGAGAGCGAGCCUCGCUGGAGAGAGAGAGGGCGACAAUAGAGAGAGAAAAGGCCGUUUUGGAGAGGGAGAGGGCGAUGGUGGAGAGGGACAGGGAUGGUGUGAGCCGGGACCGGCUGGCUCUGGAGCGAGAUAAAGCCAGGCUGGAGAGACUUUCUGCACCCAAAGUAAGGACGGAGGAGGUCACAGAACACAGCAGCAAGGGGAGCGACUCGAUUGUCAUGGACAGGAAGGAGCAGUUCCUUAACUUGUUUGAAAAACUUAUUGAACAUUUUUGAUACAUGAGGUUUCUGUGCACCAAACCUUCCCCCCCCCAGUUUCCACCUUGGCUGAAUGUGCAUAUAAUUCAUAUGCACUUUUAUACCUGUAAGUUGUCAAAGAAAACGUUGAGCCACUCCUAGUUUGGAGAGGUCUUCAAAACAACUUUAUUCACUUGUGGUUAUUCCAUACAGAGCACACAAUAGCAAGCUAUUAGCAUUAAUCUUAACCCCAUCCACAUUAAAAUCAACAACCCCCCCCUCCCAAGUCAAACCAUAUUCUUUAUUUGAUCGACUCUAGACAUUAGAGUCUUUGGUAUCGGCUAUUGUGCACGGUUAAAACAUCACUUUCGGAAAUUUUAUAUACCAAAUAUUGCAGUUCAUGUAAAAAAUCUUCAGAAUAUAUAUUUUUAUAUUACAGUACAGACUUUACAACAAAUGAUUGUGUUUAAAUGCGUCUUUUAUUGCAUUAGAUACCUUCCAUUAAGCUCCAGCUUCAAUAAGUUUAUGCUAGUAUACAUUUCCAAAAGUGUUAGAUUUGUCAUUAAUAUUAAUAUUAUUAUUUUUACAAAACAAACAUAUUUAAACAAUAUUACUGGUUGUAUUUUUUAUUUUUUUAACAAACACUAAACAGACACAUACAUGCCAUUUGAGGUUUCUUUUAAUAAACUGAUGCCACCUA